AUGGUUGCCAAACGUGGAGGCGCUCAAGAGGCGCUCACCCUUUACGGCGCCGCGCCGAGGCCCGACAAUGGAAAUAAGCAGGGUCGUUCCAUGCAGCUCACGACAAACCUGUUCAAGGCUACUCUCAACCUCAAGGGUCUGAAGAACGUUCAGCUCCUCUCCGUCGAGAUCAAGCCCAUCGACGACCCCGGUGCCGCUCGUCGACCAGGCGCUCGAGAGUCGCUUCCGGUCCGAUUGAAUCGCGAAAUUCUCGUGCAUGCUCUUCAAGAUGCUGCAAAGAACGGUAUCCUCGGUAUUACCCAAGACUUUGCCCGCCUCUUGGGAUACGAUGGUAAGGCGCUUGCCUACACCAUGCGUCCUCUGCCCGCUGACAAGCUCGAGUGGGAGACCACUCUGCCGCCGAAGUCCGACUUGCCACCCGUUCCAGGUGCGCCUGGAGCGGUGGCCCCUCGUCCUCCUGCUGCCCCUGCUGGUGCUGAACGAGACUCAAAGCGCCGCUUUAGGAUCAAACUCGCUUUUGCUCGUAGUAUCGACUUCGGACUCAUUCUCGAGGCUUGCCGCGGUGAUCGACGUGCCAUCAUGGCCCAAGCCGCGAAUCCCGCCGAGCUGAUCCAGGACGGUAUCCAGGCGCUCGACAUUGUGCUGCGUAACAUGCUGCACGACCGUUACCUCUCUGGCACAAGUCAAGCCGCUCAACGUAAGUUCUACGACCCAUCGAAAGCCAUCCCCAUCAGCCAAGGCGCUGAGAUCUGGCCUGGAUUCUUCCAGUCGGCUCGCCCUUGCGCUGCCGGUCUUGUCGUCAACCUCGACCCAGCUUUCUCGGCUUUCGUUGGCGGCGGUGCCUUUGUUGAGGUCGCUGCUAAGCUUCUCAACCUUGGCGGCGGCGGCGGCGGCGGUGGAGGUGAUUUUGGCGGUCGUGGCGGUCGUGGCGGUCGUGGUGGCCGUGGUGGCCGUGGAGGCUUCCGCGGUGGACGUGGCGGAUAUGGUGGCGACUUUGGCGGCGGUGGCACUGCCCUCACUUCACUUACACAGCAAGAUCAACGACAGCUCCGAAUGCGCCUCAAAAACAUUCAGAUUCGCGUUACACAUCGGCCCACCAACAAACUCGAGUCGUUCCAGGGCUUCACCGCUCGUUCAGCCGAAGAGACCAUGUUCGAGACAAAGGAAGGUAAGAGCUACAGCAUCGCUCAAUACUUCCUCGAGAAGUACAACCUUCGUCUCCGCUUCCCCCGCCUUCCCUGCGUACGUAUUGGUACCCAGAGAUCCGCGGUGCCCAUGGAAUUUUGCGUGGUCGUUCCUCAGGGACCCCUCCCAGCUACGAGCCUGACCCCAAUGCAGUCGGCCGAUCAGAUCAAAGUUUCGGCAAUGAAGCCUUCCGACCGCAAGCGCCGCGUUGAAGACAUUCGCCGUGAAGUCGACUACGAUACCAACCCCAUGCUUCAGGGCUGGGGGAUCACUGUCGACCGCCAACCUCUAACGACUGAGGGUCGUGUCAUCGCUGCUCCUGAAGUUGCUUAUGCUCCAGGCUCGCAGCGCCCUCGUGUUGGCGUCGGUUCCUGGAAUCUAGUUGGCGCCAAGUUUGUGACUCCUGGCGCAGAGCUGAUCACAUGCGGUGUCCUUGACUAUAGUCAAGCUCCUCUCGGCGCGGUCCAGGGAUUCAUCGCCGCCCAACUCGAUGCUUGCAAGAAGCUUGGUCUUCGCGUCACCAAUGUCCGACCUCAGAUCGUUAAGCAUCGUCCCGAUCCUUACUUAGUUAAGGAGCACAUGAACGAGCUCGGUAGAUCAGCUUUCGCCGAGGCUAAGCAGAGGAUGGGCGCCGCGAGGAGACCGCCUCCGCCUCAGAUCUUCUUUAUCAUCCUCGAUCAACAAGAUCAGGCCUUCUACAAUUCGGUCAAGAGGGCUGCCGCCCUCGAGCUCAGCACUCCGGUUGCGACGCAGUGUUUCAACGCUCGCAAGGCUUUCAACGAACGCGGGCAAGCCCAGUACGUCGCCAACGUUGCCAUGAAGAUCAACGUAAAGCUCGGCGGCACCAACCACAUUGUUUCUGGCGAGCGCGACUUGCCUCGUUUCGGAAAACAAACGAUGCUUGUGGGCGCCGAUGUUACCCAUCCUGGUCCUGGCUCGGAUAAACCCUCGAUUGCUGGGUCCGUUGCCACCAUCGACGGCGGUGCUAAACGAUACUCGAGCGAAUUGCGCAAGCAGACCAAUCCGCGUGGUGGAGUUGCCCAGGAGGUGAUGCUCCACUCGAAGGGAAUGAUGCUCGGCCACUUGAAGAAGUGGCAGGCUGCCAACCAAGGUCGCUUGCCUGACUCUAUUGUCUUCUUCCGCGACGGUGUCUCUGAGGGACAGUAUCAGGCUGUCCUCGACCACGAGCUUCAGGCGCUCAAAGAUGCCAGCCGAGAGAUCCGCCCUGACGCCAAGAUCAAGGUAACCUUUAUCGUUUGCGGCAAAGGUCAUCACGUUCGCUUCUUCCCCCAAAAUGAGCAAGACGUCGCUGGCGACCGCUCCGGCAACCUUCCUCCUGGCAUCUGCGUCGACAAAGACAUUGUCUCUCCCUUCGGCUUCGAUUUUUACUUGCAGUCGCAGGCGGGUCUCGUCGGUACCGCUCGUCCUUGCCACUACGUUGUCCUCCGCAACGAGAUGGAGUUCUCGAGUGAACACCUUAUCCGCUGCAUCAACUCGCUUUGCUACACCUAUUGCCGCGCGACUCGAUCGGUUUCAAUCGUCCCACCUGCCUACUAUGCUGAUAUCCUCUGCGAGAAGGCUCGAGCCUUUGUCUACGGACCCGAUGAUGGAGAGACUGUCGCCUCUUCCGAGAAAGGUGACAUUGAGAUGCCCGAGAUCAGCGAGCACGAGGCAGGUUCGAUGAUGGCCCACUUUACCAAGUCGCCUACCUUCACCGAUUGCUUGUGGUUCAUGUAG